AACGCAGUGCUUGUGGCCUCGGCCUCCGCAAAAAAGUAAACCUGCGACGUGAGGAACUUUGCCGUCUAAUAAUAUUCGACAGUUAUAAGCACUGAAACUGGAUGUUGUGUGUAGACAACUUGAAAGCAACAGUAAUAUCUCAUCAAGUCACAAGAUACAGCUCCAGAAUUUAUUUUCAGGACAAGAAAUAAGUUUUACUAUACGUAUAUCUGCCAAUCACUGCCAGUGCUACUGCUGAGCAGCGAGCGACGCAGUCGGAACGAACGGAGCUCUUAGAGGAAGAAUGAUACAGCAGGUGACCGGCAUCUGUUCAAGUUGAAUUAUGAAACCAGUAUAGAUUCAUCGCUAUUACCUUUGAAUCUCAAAGGGAAGGUUUCACAAAGUGUCCAAUGAUGGAUUCUACCUGUCUGUCGGAGAGAUUAGAGAUGAAUGGUGAGAAGGGACCUGCGACAGAAGAAAUCGAGCAGGAAUGUAAGGAGUUUAUUGAGAAUCUAGUGGAUAGGAUAUUCAAUAAUAGUUCAACUAUUGUGCAAGAGGACAAUGCCAAGUUUGGAAUAUAUUCGAGAACACCAGAAGGAAGAGCAUUAUUUGCCAAACUGGUUGAUUCACAACGGGUCAAUACUAAACGGGUCUCUGAACAAACAUUUUAUCGACUUGUCCAAUUUUUUGCACUGUGCCUCUUUGAGUGUAAUGAAGCUGAUGAUUUCCGCCCUGCCAAAUGUCUCAUGAAUAUGAGCUUCACGUUCUUCCAUUAUUCAGAAGAAGUGGAGGAUAGUACUCAGGAUGUCAUUACACCAAAUUCUGAUGAAGCGAUCGAUUCAAUCAAUGGUGGCAACAAUAAUGCACAAGGGUCACCUUCAAAUCCAAAGCCUCCAAAAGUAAAGAGCUUCCUGUAUACUCAUCUUAAAGAACAACCAAUAUGGAAAUGCCAAAGAUUCUGGAAUGCAUCCUUCUUUGAGUCAGUACAUCAUGAGAGAACACAACAGUCGCCUGAUGGAAGAAGAGGUCACUGGAGGCAUAUGAGUUCCGAGGAACAAGAGCUGGCAGAAAUCAUGGAAGAGAACAUCACUUUUGGUCAGCUAGCGACCUUCUUGCACAACAUGAUGGCUCUAGGUCUGUCAGAAGAGUUCACAACAAGGUUCCUAGCCAAGAUGGGUGUGAUUGGAAACAUUACUCGAGAUCAGUAUGAGAUGCUGUCAGCCAACAUCACAUCGCACUUCAAAGCCGGCAAGGAGCCCAGACGAUGGUCUGUGAGCAACCUAGGUACACCUAUCAGACAGAGACUAAGCAGUCUUAUGAAGCUACCUAGCUUACAUUGACAUCAGAAAGACAUUAGACUUCACCAGAGCCGUGCUUGCCUAAGACAUUCCUGCCAUAGCAACAUGAAGGAUUUGCAGAUUGCGAUCCUGUUAUAGCAUCAAGAGCCAUCUAUCUGCAAGUGGAGCUGGGUCAACUUGGUCCUUAAAAUACUUUUUAAGGCCUUUGAUAUGUAUAGACCUACUUGCACUGUCUUCUCAAAAUGAAUUAGCAAGUGUUAAAAGGAAGACAGUAUUAAUGGCGAAUGUACUCAGUGAAGUAUAUUCAUGUAGAGGGAAUGAAGAAUUUAAAAUUGUGCUGUUUUCCUGUACAGUACUUGCCACUUUCACAAAUUAUAAACUCAAUCCACAACCAUGCAAAUACGUGUGCCUAAUAAUUACGCAACUCAAUAGUGAAAUGAUACAGCUCAAAGAGUUCUACAAAGUGUCCAGAUUUUAACAGAGUUUGCAAGCAUGAUGGAAAUAGAAUGAAUUUUAUGUGAUGUGUGCUUAAAAAUAAAGCAGCAAAGCUUAAUAUACACUGUAAAUCAAGAUAUGACCAUGUUUCUCCUCUCCCAAAUGAUAUUCAUUCGCUCCAUGUUAAUAAUUAUAUCAAACUUAUAUCUUAACUCUAACUGAACAGUCAAGCCUUAACAUACUUAGUCGAUCUUAGUUCAUCAUUUUGUAAAUUUUUGUUUUAAUUUUAGACUCCCUAUUUGUGUUUUCCUGUUUUCUUUAUUUGGUCAAUGCGCUUUGUAUCUCAUGAGAAGGCGCUAUAUAAAUUUUGUUAUUAUUUAAAAGUGCUCUGUCACAAUCAAAUUAACUCAUAUUGAUUUAUGGUAAAGACAAUAUUCCUGACUCAAAAGCUUGAUCAAUGCAAGCCAGUACUGCUAUUUCAAUUACAUAGAAUGAUGCUGCUCAAAAGUAUUUGUUGUGGAAAUGCCCAGAUUUUAAAGUGGGAAUAGAAACUGGUCAUUUGAUCAAUGGGUAUUAGUGCUAUUUGGAAAAUGCUUGCCACCCUAAUCUCGGGCUAACAAGAAUCAACUCAAUAUGUUAUGUAACUCAAAAAGUAAGUGUUCAAUGCAAAACCUUACUGAUCAGGUGGGUGUUUCAUAAAGCUGUUCGCAAGUUAAGAAAGACUUUAAGAAGGACUGGUGAUCCUUUCAUUUGGUAAACGAUAUACACCAUUGGCAAUGGUUUGGCGUGUAAGAAAGGUUCACCAGUCGUUCUUAAAGUCGCUCUUAACUUACAAACAGCUUUAUGGAACGACCCCCAGGAGAGUUCUAGAUAUGGUUAUGCAGUUAUGUUGAAGAUGUGAAAAAAUGCCCAGAUUUAAAGAGUAUAAAGCUGGCUGUUAAAUUGAUUAGGUAUCUGUGCUGUUUGAAUUGUGCUUACUGCAUGCUUACAAAAAUCAACUCAAUAUCAUAACUCAGAGACUACUUGUUUAAUGCAAAGCAGUACAGCUAAAAAUAUUUUUAUAAUGGUGGUACUAUUAAAAUAGGUUUGAAAAGAGAUAUGAACAACCUGUUGGGUACAUAAAUCUGUUUGUGGGUUAUGCACAACUUGUUACUUUUUGCUCAAGCUACAUGCACAAACAUCACUUUGCUUAAUAACUUUGGAUGAGGCCCUAUCGAUAAUGUAAAGUAUAUAUAUCUAGUUGGAACAUAGAUGUUAUUAUAUACAAAUAUUAGUGGUCAGAUGUUAUAAUAUGCUUGAGAAAUGAAAUGGGAGAAGGUAUACUCACAGUUUUAAUGAUAAAAUUGAUUUUACAUGCUCCAAGAGCAAUAUGAGGCAUUAGUAUCACACAUUGUGGUAGUGCAUUGGAAGUGUGAAUGAAGUCAUACUCGUGCUUUUUUGUCAUAUUUGUUUACCGUCAUUCAAAAUCAUAGUUUUUAUUGAUUUGAACAAAGAGAUAAAGACUAAUCAAGCAUAUAUAUAUAGCACUAAAUAUUUCAUCUGUCAAAUAUGAAUCAUAAUCUGGAGAGCGUUCGUGAAAGUACUUGUCGGACGUUUCAUCCGACAGUUACCAUAUUACCAGUGCCUCUCAGCCAAUCAGAAUCAAGGAAAGUGGUCAGAU